AUGAAACCAGCGACGAACAUUACUUUGCAAGAGGACGACGACACCCCAGAUGAGUGGGACCAGAGGAUUUUGAAAACUGGUUGCUACGAGGAAAAUUUGGCGCUCCAGUUGUGCCAUGCUGACGAAGGAGACUGGCGGAAAUGCCUCGGCCAAAUGGCGGCGUUCCGCAAGUGCUGGGAAGCGAACAAGAACAACGAGCGCACCCACACGGUCGAUGAGAAGUAA